ACACCUCCCGGUCGCUGCUGUAGCGGAGCCGCGCGGGCGCCAUGAAGGAGACGGACCGCGAGGCCGUGGGCACGGCCGUGCAGCGGGUGGCGGGCAUGCUGCAGCGGCCCGACCAGCUGGACAAGGUGGAGCAGUACCGCCGCCGCGAGGCCCGCAAGAAGGCGUCAGUGGAGGCGCGACUCAAGGCUGCUAUCCAGUCGCAACUGGACGGGGUGCGCACAGGCCUGAGCCAGCUGCACAGUGCCCUCACUGAUGUCAAGGACAUACAGCAGUCCCUAGCCGAUGUCAGCACAGACUGGAGGCAGAGCAUCAACACCAUUGAGAGCCUCAAGGACGUGAAGGACGCUGUGGUACGGCACAGCCAACUUGCUGCUGCUGUGGAGAACCUGAAGAGCAUCUUCUCAGUGCCUGAGAUUGUGAGGGAGACCCAGGACCUCAUAGAACAAGGAGAGCUCCUGCAGGCCCACCGUAAGCUCAUGGACCUAGAGUGCUCCCGGGAUGGGCUGAUGUACGAGCAGUACCGCAUGGACAGUGGGAACACACGUGACAUGACCCUCAUCCACAGCUACUUUGGGAGCACACAGGGUCUCUCUGAUGAGCUGGCCAAACAGCUAUGGAUGGUGCUGCAGAGAGCAUUGGUCACUGUCCGUCGUGAUCCCACCCUCCUGGUCUCGGUUGUCAGGAUCAUUGAAAGGGAAGAAAAAAUUGAUAGACGCAUCCUUGACCGGAAAAAGCAAACAGGCUUUGUUCCUCCUGGGAGGCCCAAGAAUUGGAAGGAGAAGAUGUUUGCCAUCCUGGACAGAACUGUGACCACGCGAAUUGAGGGCACGCAAGCUGACACCAGGGAGUCCGACAAGAUGUGGCUUGUGCGCCACCUGGAGAUCAUUCGGAAAUAUGUCCUAGAUGACCUGCUUGUGACCAAGAACCUCAUGGUGCAAUGCUUCCCUCCACAUUACGAGAUCUUCAGGCACCUUCUACAAAUGUACCAUCAGGCUCUGAGUACACGCAUGCAGGAGCUUGCAUCUGAAGAUCUGGAAGCAAAUGAGAUUGUGAGCCUGUUGACGUGGGUCUUAAACACCUACACCAGUGCAGAGAUGAUGGGGAACGUGGAGCUGGCCCCAGAGGUGGAUGCCAGCAGCCUGGACUCUCUUCUCUCUCCACACAUGGUCUCAGAACUGCUCGACACCUACAUGUCAACCCUCACCUCCAAUAUCAUUGCCUGGCUGCGGAAAGCACUGGAAACUGACAAGAAAGAUUGGUUACGAGAGACGGAACCAGAAGCUGACCAGGAUGGCUACUAUCAGACCACGCUCCCUGCCAUUGUGUUCCAGAUGUUUGAGCAGAACCUUCAAGUUGCUGCUCAGAUUAGCGAGGACUUGAAGACAAAGGUGCUGGUUCUGUGUCUUCAGCAGAUGAGCUCUUUCUUAAGCAGGUAUAAAGAAGAAGCUCAGCUCUACAAGGAGGAUCACCUACGUAACCGCCAGCACCCACAGUGCUAUGUGCACUACAUGGUUGCCAUCAUCAACAACUGCCAGACCUUCAAAGAAUCUGUAGUCAGCCUGAAAAGGAAGUACAUGAAGAGCAGCUUGGACCCAGACCUGUCUCUGAGCCAACCCAGUGUGGAUGGAAUUCUAGACAGCAUUGCGCAGGAGGGCUGCAGCAGCCUACUGGAGGAAGUCUUUCUGGACCUAGAGCAACAUCUCAAUGAGCUGAUGACGAAGAAAUGGCUUCUCGGCUCCAAUGCUGUAGACAUCAUCUGUGUCACCGUGGAGGACUACUUCAAUGACUUUGCAAGAAUUAAGAAGCCAUAUAAGAAGAGGCUGACGGCUGAGGCGCACAGACGUGUGGUGGUGGAGUACCUGAGGGCUGUCAUGCAGAAGCGCAUCUCCUUCCGGAGUGCAGAGGAACGCAAGGAGGGUGCCGAGAGAAUGGUCCGGGAGGCUGAGCAACUUCGAUUCCUAUUCCGGAAGCUGUCUUCUGGACUUGGCGAAGAAACAGAUGGACACUGUGACACUAUCAUUGCUGUUGCUGAGGUCAUUAAGCUGACAGACCCUUCUCUACUCUACCUGGAAGUCUCAACACUGGUUAGCAAAUACCCAGACAUUAGGGAUGACCACAUUGGAGCACUACUGGCCAUGCGAGGGGAUGCCAGCAGGGACAUGAAGCAGACCAUCAUUGAGACUCUGGAGCAGGGCUCCGCUCAGCCCAACCCCAACUAUGUGCCCAUCUUCAAAGAGAUUACUGUCCCCAGUCUGAAUGUGGCCAAGCUCCUCAAGUAGCCUAUGCCACCACUGUUUGCUAAGUCGUGCUCCAGCCAAGACUCAGGCCACACUGGGUGUUGUAGUCCUGGGUGCCGUCUGCAAGACUCUCAAGCGUGAGAACCUCCUUGGUGAGGUAGGACCAUGCGGGAGGACCAGGAGGCCUAGAUUGAGCACUUUCCCACCCUUCUGUGUAAUAAAAGCGAGUCACCAUGUCUGUGAGAAGUGAAGCAGC